AUGGCGGCGGCAGAAACCGAGAAGCUGAACAUCGACUCGAUCAUCAGCAGACUGCUGGAAGAGAGAGUGCUCCUCUCUCUCUCUCUCUCUCUCUCCCCAUCUCUCUCUCUCUCACCCCUGUCCCUCCCCUCUCUCUCAGGUGAUAUUCACGGUCAGUAUCAUGAUCUCCUGCGUCUCUUUGAGUACGGUGGUUUCCCCCCCGAGAGUAACUACCUCUUCCUGGGGGAUUACGUGGACCGGGGGAAGCAGUCCCUCGAAACCAUCUGCCUCCUGCUGGCCUACAAGGUGAAGUACCCCGAGAACUUCUUCCUGCUGCGCGGGAACCACGAGUGCGCCUCGAUAAACCGGAUCUACGGCUUCUACGACGAGUGUAAGAGACGCUACAACAUCAAGCUGUGGAAAACCUUCACUGACUGUUUCAACUGCCUGCCCAUCGCAGCCAUCAUCGACGAGAAGAUCUUCUGCUGUCACGGGGGUCUCUCUCCAGAUCUCCAGUCCAUGGAGCAGAUCCGGAGAGUGAUGCGUCCCACGGACGUCCCGGAUCAGGGGCUGCUGUGUGACCUUCUGUGGUCGGACCCCGACAAAGACGUGCAGGGCUGGGGGGAGAAUGACCGGGGCGUGUCCUUCACCUUCGGCUCGGAGGUUGUGGCCAAAUUCCUGCACAAGCACGACCUCGAUCUCAUCUGCAGGGCGCACCAGGUCGUGGAGGACGGCUACGAGUUCUUCGCGAAGCGGCAGCUGGUCACCCUCUUCUCGGCGCCCAACUACUGCGGCGAGUUUGACAACGCUGGCGCCAUGAUGAGCGUGGACGAGACUCUGAUGUGCUCCUUCCAGAUUUUGAAGCCCGCAGACAAAAACAAGCCGAAGUACGGGGGUCAGUUUAGCGGCUAUAACCCGUCGGGCCGGCCGGUCACCCCCCCGCGCAACACCCCCAAGCAGAAGAAAUAAGCGCUGACCACGGUGGGGGGGGGGGGGUGCAGGCACGGCGCGGUCCUGCUGGAAAAAUCCCUCCUCUUUAAAUCAGUUUCCCUUUUCAGAUCGUCGAUUCCAGCACAGCGAUCGCCAUGGCAGCAGGAAAUCACUUUGAAGAGAGCGCUGUCUGUCUGUCUGUCUGUAUGUCUGUCUACAGCUUUAAUGAAACUAAACUCUUUUCAGAGUGUAAUAAACUA